GUUUGCAGGCGACUGUGUGACAACGAUUAGCAAAGCGAGUUUCCAAUAGUUCUUCAUGAAAUAAAACAAUGAUAAACAUUAACGUCACCUUGCCAUUCUGAUAUAACAAGUUGGACAAUGGAAAUCGGAACAGAAAUAAGUCAGAAAAUAAGGUCUGCAAUCAAGGCCAAAUUGAUAGAGCUUGGAGCCUAUGUUGAUGAUGAGCUUCCAGACUACAUCAUGGUCAUGGUUGCCAACAAGAAGACUCAGAGACAGAUGACAGAUGAUCUCAGCCUCUUCCUGAGCUCCAAUACAGAAAAAUUCACAUCAUGGUUACAUGGGUUAUUAAAGAAACUACAGUCUAUAAAUACAGGUGAACCAUCCAGCAGCAAACACAAAGUAAAAGAAAAAGAAAAACACAAGUUAGAGAAAAAGAAGCCAAAGCCUUUGCCCUCUGAGAAACCCACAGAGAAACCCAAGACCAUCAAACCAGCAGAAGCCGUGGACUCCCAGAGACCCAGGAAAUCCUCAACGGGAGAAGUUGGGAGGCAACGCAAAAGUUCCAUGGGCGAGACUGAAAGAGUCAAGAAAGGGGACAAAGAGAAGCGGGCAAGCCUUGAUGAGAAACUAGUCAGGCCUGCAGAGCCUGAGACAACUGAUGAAAUCAAAUUAAGUGAAGACACAGAUGAAUUCCGCGAGGAAGCGAAGGAAAUUGCCAAGAAGGAGCUAGUGAAGUCAAACAGCUCUGUUGGUAAACCUCCCCCUGCUAAAGUUGCCAAGUCUGACCGGACCUCUGAUGUGAAGAAGCCGAGGUCGUCUCUCGAAGAACCAUCUAGGAGCAAACAGCAGAGUGCACCUGAAAGAUCAAAGGAGCGGACGCAUAGCUCUGACUCUAGAAGGAAGCCCAGCUCCUAUGUGGGGACAGUAAAGAGGAAAUAUGAGCUUGAGGAAGAGGAGGAGGAGGAGUAUGACCCCUUGAACCCUGCAGUGGGGUCAGUGGCCAGCGUGGUCAAGGGGCCAUCCAGGAAGUCUAGCGUUCCAAAGGCAAUGCAAGCCAAUAAAUCUUUGCUUAUGAAGGCUGUAAAUGAGGCAGAAAAAUCCAUCUCCUCUUCCAAGAAAGUAGACGAAGGAGUACGGUCUGAUGAGAGGCCAGUUGAGGUGAAGCACAGAUUGAAGACGGCGGCAGGUCAGCAGUUGAUGUCCCGCUCCAAACGCCAUGAGAUGAACGCCAAGUCCUCUAUGCACUCCGCAGAGUCGGAUGAAGAACCACCAAAGAAAACUCGGCGGUCCAGUGAUGGGUUUGAGAAUCUGAAGUACACUGUUCGCAAUGAGGGCGCUGCAGGUGAGAAACCUGCUGCCAAGGUGUCCCCCAAGUCACGCACCUCUGCCAUUGCCCCAGCCAGAGUUGCUACCUCAGCAUUACGAGAGUUAAACAAGAUCAGCUCUUCCCAGGCCAGACAGCAUGUGAUUGCAGCAGACAGUGAAGAAAGCCUGCAGAGUGUGGAAGAGAGUGAAGAUGGAAGGGGUAGUGAUGAAAGUGAUGCAAGUGGGAGUUCAGGGAGUGAGGGAUCUCAGAGUGAAGAUGAGGAGGAAGAAGAGGAGGAAGAGACUUAUUCCGAUUCUGAUGAUGAGGUGAUUGAAAUUGCUGACAGGUGUGCUCAGACACUUGUUAAUAUGAGAGAAAAGAACUACCAUCUUAUUCAGGUCAAUAACUCAGGAAAUACAGGGAAAUUUGACAAAGAAACACAGACAGAAAGUUUGGAAAAUGGACUUGGGGACUCAUGUCUUGGAAAACUUUCCAAAGAUAAAUUACAACAGAUAGAUGACAGUCUCCUAAAUAUGUUCAUUGAAAACAUGAUGCCAUUCGAACUAGUGGAAAAGGAUGCCUUUAAGUUAUUUGCAAAGACUCUACAGCCCAGGUACCAUUUUCCAAAGAAAAAGAAACUGAUGACACAUGUAGGAUUGCUAUAUAAUUCAGUGAAGGACAAAUUACAGGAUGAAUUAUCAAAUGUCAAAACACCGGUUCUGUCUCACAGCCGGUGGCAUGCUGUAGACAAUAGUCUGUAUGAUACCAUCUCUGUUACCUUUAUCUCUAAUGAUUGGAAGUAUAAUAAGGCCAUUCUGAAAACAUGUAGGGCAGGGAACAACUUUGAAAGUAGUGCAGAACUUUUAAGAGAAACUAUACGAAAAUGGGGUUUUACCGAAGUCGUUUUGGUAACUGAAAUGUCAGAGAAUGAGAGUAAAAUAUUGGAACAUUUGGAAUUGAAAACUGUCCCUUGUUUUGGAAGUUGUAUUCAGGCUGCAAUUAACGAAUGUCUCAAUAUUCCUGAAGUUCAGAGAUGCAAAGCUUUACUGAAUGUGUUGGCCAUUAAGGUUCAAGAAAAUUCUCAAGUAGCAGAAAUGUUGGAGAAGAAAAUUAAGGAGCUUUUACCUGAAGAAAAGCUGUUGGUGAAAUUACAAUAUACAGAACAUAAAACUUGGGACAUACUUCAUGAAAUGAUAUCAGUGUUUACAGAUGUUAAACCAGCUCUGCAAGCUGCUGUUGUGGACUCUGAGCUUAUCGACAAGGGUGUAGAUCUUCGAAAUCUGUUCAAUGCCGUGUGUGAAAAUUCCAUUCUGGAAUCCCUCGGGAAGCUGUUGAGUUCGUUCAGGAGUGCUAUAGAGCUGCUAACACACACAGAGGAUCCAACACUCCAGAAGGUGAUCCCGAUAUUCGUUAAGCUAGAGAAAGUCCUUGAACUGGAAGGUGAUGAUGGCGAUGUGAUUCAAACGAUGAAGGAAUGUUUGAGAAACAGGAUUGAGAAGGACUUUAAACUGUGCAAGGAUUCAUGCUUGCUUGCCUGUCUCCUACAUCCACAGACUAAACAGAUGGCUUUUGUGUCUCAGGCAGAGCUGGAACAUGUGACAAACCUGCUGCUUGUGGAAAUAAAGGCAGCAUGUGAAGGAGAAACAGACGAUCCCAGGCUUCCUCAUGGGAAAAAUAACCAUACAAUAGUUAAGAAUCAGAUAAAAUCAUCAUCAGACAUUAGUGAUGUAAGAAAAGUUAUAGUAAGUACAAAACAUGUCAAUGAUUGUAGUGAAACAGUGCUUAAAAAUUCCGAUGGCACUAAUGAUUCAACUGAGCUAGAAGUGGGAACAGACUUGUCAGUAACUGUUAAGAAUGAUUGGCUAGACGAUGUGAUUCAAGGCUCUGAGGAGAAGAAAACUCCAAAAGAAGUGGCUAAAUAUGAGCUGAAUCUGUAUAUGGCUGAGCCUGCAUCCAACGUGAAUCCAUUGCAAUGGUGGAUGGAGAAGUCUGCCUUGUAUCCCCAUGUUAGUCAAGUGGCAAGGCAGGUGCUAGCAGUGCCAGCGUCAUGUAUUACGGUUGACCAGGCAUUCGCCAUAAGUAAAAACCCAGUAGUGAAAAAUGUCUGUGUCAAACCAGAGCAUGUGGACAUGAUGGUCUUCUUGAAAGAAAAUAAGCAUUUAUUUUAAAUGUCAGUUUUAUAUGUGAAGCAAGUGAAUGCUUUUAAGAAUGUUGUUGACAUCAUGAACAAUUUUGUAAAAUGCUUGUUUACAGGCUUUAUAUACAUGUACAGUAAAGUUGUGUUAAUAUAAAUGUGGUUACUAUUUUAAUUGACAGUAAAAUUGGCUUCCAUAACCUUGAUAAGAAGCAUGUAGUUUAUAUAUCAGGAAGUAUUAACCUUAAUGAUGGUGCUUCAAAUAUUGUCAUCCUGCAGGAUACAUGCAUUUUGCUGAAAUAUUUCAGAAAACAAUAUUUCACAAUGGCAUUAUUGUUUAAAUGACAGUUUUAGAUGUUGUUGUUUUUUUAAUAAAUAAUUUCUGCAUUAUUAAAUGCAUUAAAAGCUGCUGUACUCCAAGUGAAAUAUUUGACUUGUAAAAUGCAAACAAACAUGUAUAUUUUGUAAUGAUAUGUUUAGUAGCAUAAAACUUUCACAGUAUCAAAUAAUAAAUAUGAUGUUGAUCGUUUGCUCAAUGUUAAUGCAUGAAACUGAAGUCAUCUUUAAUUUUAAUGAUGUGUUGAUGUCACAGAAAUGCACUGGUAAAUAUUUCUCUAAAAAUUAGCUGACAAAUCA